GGUGCAGGAUUGUUGGCUGAAAAUCUGUUUUUCAGCUUUUCAGAGUAGCUUCUUUUUACCCCUCUUGGUCAGAUGGUGAUACAUGGUUCAUCCAAUUGCCUGCCAAGUACUUUUUGAAAGUGCCUGCCCUUUCCAAGGAUGACUUCUCAGAUGGUUCUGUGCAACAAACCAUCUGGCACGUCAGGUGACGUCACGUUUCUGGCCUGAUUGCACAGGAAUCUGUCUUCACUUCUGUAGGCCUCCUCCUUGGCCUGAGUUUAGUUGUAAAUCAGGGCUUCAUAUGGAGAAUGUUGUAGUGGGUACACACAUCGUCAAAAGCAAUAUCAAAGUGUCAGUGAGUUCAUCCAGCUGGAUAAGCCCCUUGCUGCACCUUGGACACAAACGGAGGCUGGAGGAAAGUGACAUGUACAGUGUUCUUCCAGAGGAUGGGUCUGAAAUACUGGGAGAGGAGCUGCAAAGAUUUUGGGACCUUGAAGUUAGAAAGGCCUCAAAGGAACUUCGGAAGCCAAAACUCACCAAAGUCCUCAUUAAGUGCUAUGGGAAGGCCUACGCAGUAGCUGGGUUGUUUGUAUUUUCACUGGAGGCAAUUAAAGUGAUCCAGCCACUUCUCAUGGGGAAAAUAAUCCUGUACUUUGAGAAUUAUGACCCAGACGACCAGAGAAGUCUUCACAUGGCGUAUGGAUAUGCUGCUGCGAUGUCCCUCUCCACCUUUGGACUGACUCUCCUCAACCAUCUCUACUACUACCGUGUCCAAAGAAUAGGCAUGAAGAUUAGAAUUGCCAUGUGUCACAUGAUAUACAGGAAGGCUCUUGGUCUCAGCAGCGAAUCCAUGGGACGAACCACCACUGGACAAAUUGUGAACCUGCUUUCAAAUGAUGUCAACCGUUUUGAUGAGAUUACAAUCAAUCUGCACUACCUGUGGGUGGGACCUCUACAAGCUGUGGUGAUUAUUGUUUUCCUUUGGUACGAGAUCGGAACAUCGUGCCUGGCAGGUGUGGCAGCUGUUGGCCUCAUGGUGCCUGUGCAGACCUGGUUUGGAAAGCUCUUUGGAAUCUUCAGGAGUAAAACGGCAGUCCUUACUGACAACAGAAUCCGCAUUAUGAAUGAAGUGGUGUCUGGCAUCAGGAUCAUCAAAAUGUAUGCCUGGGAAAAACCAUUCUCAGCCUUGGUUACUGAAGUCAGAAGGAAAGAAAUCAUUCAGAUCAUGAAGAGCUCCUACCUACGAGGACUCAACAUGGCCUCCUUCUUUGCCAGCAGUAAGAUCAUAGUCUUUGCCACUUUCACCGUCUACACUCUCCUGGGCAACACCAUCACCGCCAGCAGUGUGUUUGUCACUGUGUCUCUCUAUGGCACCAUCAAGCUCACAGUCACCCUGUUCUUGCCUCUGGCUGUCGAGAAGCUGUCAGAGACUGAAGUCAGCAUUCGCAGGAUUAAGAAUUUCCUCCUGCUGGAAGAGGUCGACAGAAAACACGUUGGACUGACUUUGGAGGAAGAAAAGAACGAAAACUCCAUUGAGAUUGAGAAGCUUACCUGCUACUGGGAUAUGAGUUUAGACACUCCAUCUCUGCAGAAUGUCUCUGUCACUGUGAGGUCACAGGAACUUCUGGCUGUAAUUGGACCAGUGGGGACAGGAAAGUCAUCCCUGCUGAGUGCCGUCCUGGGAGAGCUGCCUCAUGAAACUGGAACACUGAAGGUCAGAGGGCAGCUCACCUAUGCAUCCCAGCAGCCCUGGGUGUUCCCUGGAACCAUCCGCAGUAACAUCCUGUUUGGAAGAGAGCUGAACCCCCGGAAGUAUGAGCGAGUCAUCAGUGCCUGCGCUCUGAAGAAGGACUUGGAGCUGCUCCCAGAUGGAGACCUGACACUAAUUGGGGACAAAGGAGCCACCCUUAGCGGGGGACAGAAAGCUCGCAUCAACCUGGCCAGGGCUGUGUAUCAGGAAGCAGACAUCUACCUCCUGGAUGAUCCUUUAAGUGCUGUGGAUGCUGAGGUUGGGAAACAUCUUUUUGAACAGUGUAUCUGUGGCCUGCUGAAGAACAAGUCCCGUAUCCUGGUCACCCAUCAGCUGCAGCAUCUGAGGGCAGCUGACCAGAUCCUGGUCCUCAAGGAGGGUCAUAUCAUGGCCAAGGGUACCUACAAUGAGCUUCAGUGUUCUGGCCUAGACAUCGUGUCCCUGCUGAAAAGCGAGGAGGAGCAGGAGCGAUUGUCUGGGUCAGCUGAUCGAGACAAACUGUCAAUACACAGCCAGAGGACGAAUUGCUCACACGGUUCACACUGUUCAUACAGCAGCCUCCUGCCACCUGAGGGCAACUGUGCUGACCAGCUUCCUGUUGAAGCGGUUCGUACCAUGACAGAGGAGACUCGAGUUGAAGGAAAUGUCGGCAGCCACAUUUAUCUCAAGUACUUCACUGUGGGCUGUAACAUUCUGGUCUUGUUGGCUAUAGUCCUGCUCAGUGUCAUAGCCGAGGUUUCAUAUAUUCUGCAGGACUGGUGGCUGGUAUAUUGGGCAAGAGGAGGAGAGCAGUUUCUCAACAGCACAACCAAUGCUGUUAGUUUUAAAAAUAAUGCUAAUAACGGGACUCGCAUAGAUCAACAGUUCGGUCUCACGUUUUACCUUGGCAUUUAUUCAGGUUUGACAGCUGCUGCUGUGGUCUUUGGCUAUGCCCGGAGUUUAGUGAUCUUUCAUUGGUUGGUGAGAUCAGCUCAGACUCUCCACAACAGCAUGUUCAGUGCCGUCCUCCGCACACCUGUUCGCUUCUUUGAUGUCAACCCCAUAGGAAGAAUUCUCAACAGGUUUUCCAAAGACAUCAGCCAGAUGGACUCCAUGUUACCCAUCACCUUUGUGGACUUCUAUCAAUUAUUUUUACAGAAUGUUGGCGUGGUUGCUGUGGCGGCGUCAGUCAUCCCUCACAUCCUCAUCGCUGUCAUACCUCUGCUUUUUAUCUUCUUGUACCUGCGGCGUUUCUACCUCCAGACAUCACGAGAUGUUAAACGUCUCGAGUCUACAACUCGGAGUCCAGUCUUCUCCCAUCUGUCUUCAUCUCUUCAGGGUCUGUGGACGAUCCGAGCCUUCAGAGCGGAGGACAGGUUAAAGAAAGCGUUUGACACACAUCAGGACAGUCACUCAGAGGCAUGGUUUUUGUUCCUGAUGACCUCCCGCUGGUUUGCACUUCGCCUGGACAGCAUUUGCUCCAUAUUUAUCAUCGUUGCAACAUUUGGCUGCCUCUUACUCAGAGACGGGCUGGAGGCGGGAGAGGUGGGUUUGGUGUUGACCUAUGCAGUCACACUGAUUGGAAAUUUCCAGUGGACGGUGAGGCAAAGUGCCGAGUUGGAGAACAUGAUGACAUCAGUGGAGAGAGUGGUGGAGUAUACAGAGCUAAAGAGUGAAGCACCCUGGGAAACAAAAAAGCAUCCUCCUCCCGAUUGGCCGAGCCAAGGCCUGGUGACCUUUGACCAGGUAAACUUCUCCUACAGCACCGAUGGACCGCUGGUCCUCAAAGACAUCAGUGCCACCUUCCAACCCAACGAGAAGGUUGGCAUUGUGGGUAGGACGGGUGCAGGGAAAAGCUCCCUGGUCUCAGCUCUGUUCCGCCUGGCAGAGCCACAGGGAAAGAUCUACAUUGAUGGAGUUCUGACCUCUGAGAUCGGCCUCCAUGACCUGCGCCAGAAGAUGUCCAUCAUUCCUCAGGACCCUGUGCUGUUUACUGACACUGUGAGGAAGAACUUGGACCCUUUCAGUCAACACACUGAUGAAGCCCUUUGGAAAGCUCUGGAAGAGGUCCAGCUGAAGAGUGUGGUGGAGGAGCUGCCUGGGAAGCUGGAGACGGUUCUGGCUGAGUCGGGCUCCAACUUCAGCGUGGGCCAGAGGCAGCUGGUGUGUCUGGCCAGAGCCAUCCUGAGGAAGAACCGCAUCCUCAUCAUCGAUGAGGCCACAGCCAAUGUGGACCCCAGGACAGAUGAGCUGAUCCAGAAAACCAUACGGGACAAAUUCAGAGAAUGCACCGUGUUGACCAUUGCUCAUCGUCUCAACACCAUCAUAGACAGCGACCGGAUACUGGUGCUGGACAGUGGAAGCAUCCAGGAGUUGGACUGUCCCUACACACUGCUGCAGAACAAAGAGGGUGCUCUCUACAAGAUGGUGCAACAGACCGGCCGGGCGGAGGCAGCGGCCCUGCUGGAGUCAGCCAGGAAGGCGACACAGCAGUCUUGACAGCCUGAAGCUGAUGGAAGAGGAUUUUGAAACAAGACACACUCCAGUUUUCAGAUGUAAGUAGAAUCCGAGAACACCCGAGCAUUGUUUCGUUGAAGGAAACAUAGGCCGUCCAUCACACUCAUAAACAAGAAGACGCAAAUCUUUAACUUGUACUCUGUAACAAAAAUCUACUCGCUAACAGUUAGAAACAAUAAUUGAGAGCAGGGAAAAGUGGACAUUGAAUUUUUACUUCUGGAGCAGUGGAGAAAAUAAAAAAAAUCUCAUUGUUACAUGUGAAACAGCCUGUCUUGUCACACAGCUGUGCAAAUGAGUGAUGUUUGUGAGGUCUGUAGUUACUGUUCUCAUUUUAACUAAACAUUUUCAGGAUUCAGUGAAUCUGAUUUGUACCAAACUGUAAAGUCCAACCUGUGAGACUUCAUGUUGACAUGAUGGUGUUGUACUUUUAAUUGUAAUACAAACUGUCACAAUAUGCAUCAUUUGUUUUGUACAUCCUUUUUCUGAUAAAAGUGACUUAUUUUUUA